CCUGGCUCUAAAGGCUGUUCACGCUUCGGAAGGAAGACAGAUAAAGCGUUACAUUUUUGCAAAGCAGUGAAGUACUUGGGAGCAAUCAUGAACACGUUCGCUUCUUUGAUCAUGGUUGUGUUGAGCGUUGCCGAGCGUGUCCAAUGCCUCAGCAGCGGGGCCCCCGAUACGGCUUGCGCUGAUAUGCUUCCGAAUCAUGGUGUCGCUCCCCAGUCUGGGGCUCACUCCUACAAGGUGAAAGGGACAAGCUCUGGAAGCACAUUUUCGGUAACCCUAGAAGCCGCAGGAGGAGCAACAUUCAAGGGAUUCCUCAUACGCGCCGUCUUCCGAGACAAACAGGACUCCUUUAUACCAGGUUCCUUCACUGUCACAGACGCGACCGUGCAACUUCGGAAGUGCAAUGAUAAUGCCGGUGCAGCUACGCACAAAAAUAAUUCCCCGAAGAGCAAGGUUGAAGUCGCCUGGCAGCCGGUAGCUGGACAGACAGGAUUUGUCGUAUUUAUCGCAACCGUGGUGAAGACAAAAGCGGAGAUCUGGACUAAGAUAUCAUCAGCACCAUUAUCCUUACAGCCAGGCGGAGAGAGUAAAACGGAUAAAACUACAGAGGCUACGAAAACUACACCUAUCAACGCGAUUGCAGGGUCAGGCGACGCAGGUCCAAAGGAUGAGUUCGAAUGCGGCGAGGACGAAGGUUGUCUGAGCCUCCCUCAAGAUUGCGAGGGUUCCUCCUGCGUUGCGAUGCUCAAGUUCGCAAGCGAAUCGACCGGAAGCACAUUCAAUCUCUUAAGGAGGGUUAAGGGCUCGGAAAAUGUCUGGGUGGCGAGUGGAAUAUCACACAAAAAGGGAAUGGGUCCCGCGCACGUCAUUGAAUGUCUCCAGCAUGACACCAAGGUAUCAACGAGAGAAAGCUAUAACAGCGCCAGCUAUAAAAACGAAGUUGAGAAAACCGCAACCCCUGGCAUAACGAUACAGACAGCAACGUCUGCUGAUGGAGUUCUCCGUUGCGUGUGGCAGAGGGAAGAAAAGACUAAGUUUCGAGAAUUGGAAUUCGAUCUAGAGGUGGACAAAGUGGUUCUCUCAUUGGCCAUAGGGGAGCUCACAGCCACAAAGGAAAAAGUACAGCAUACACAACGAACAUUGACGAGUCAACCUGUCGACCUAACUCGACCUGAAGCGUUCAAAGAUACACAUCCAAGCACCGUCUUGCUCAAAUUGCAUGGCACAUUCAUGGUGGCGGCUUGGUUCUUUUUGGCGACCUUCGGCAUGACCGUGGCACGGCAUUACAAGACUGCCUGGAAACCGAAACAAAUAUGGGGAUUGGACAUCUGGUUUGUGAUCCACAGGCCCAUCAUGGUUGUAACUGUGCUCACAGAGAUCAUAGCCUUCAUCUUAAUUUUUGAUUAUCUCGAAUUCAAGAUCAAGUGGACGGUACCGCAUGCUUUCUUUGGACUGGUGACAAUAGUGACUUCAGUUGCCCAGAUAUUGGGCACACUUUUGAGGCCAGGGCACGAUUCUCCCUGGCGGCCUCUGUUUAACUGGCUGCAUCACACAUUCGCUACUUCUCUCUUCACAUUUUCAAUUGCGACUGCUGCACUGGCUACCGCUGCUCAGGGUGCCAAUCUAGGAAGAAAUGUAUCAUAUUUAAUUCUCCUAUUUGCGUUGGUGAUGCUCUACUACGCCGUCAACAACUUCCUCAGCACACACACGAUAAAGGAGCCACCCGAACAUAGAGGUUCUGUGGGUGCGGCUGACAACGUAGUGUCUGACGACCAGAGAGUCGUUGUCAGCACUUCGUCCUCGUCACCAACAGAGUCAUCAUCCGAACCCAAAAGUCCAGUGGCCGGGGAAAACGUACGCGCGGUGAAUGCCGAAGUCAUGACCCCGCUUCUACCGAGUCACCCUCCUGACCCACAAGUCCAGCGGUCCAGGGAUGACAUACGCGCGGAGAAGCAGCGUCGAGUGGUCAUCCUCGUGGCGUACUUGAUAGGUUCUGGGGUCCUAACGGUGUUGGUCAUUAUCUGUAUUUGGACGGCACCUGCAUAAACAUAUGACGAUGUACACGGUGCGAAAUGCAAACAAAUGUUCUGGAUAAAAAUUAUACCAUUUCGUGGUA